GGUUAGAAUACUGACAAAAGGCCACCGCGGUCAGACUGUGUCAAUUCAUCAGUGACUCUUGCUACAUCAUGAUUAAGCUCUUGGUAAUAUCAGCGUGCUUGUGCAUAGCCUACGCCGCUGUUUUUCUCGGCCCGUUGGAACCCAAACCAGAGAAAUUCAAAGACCAAGAAGGAUGUUAUGUAUCUGACUUAAACGAAGUGAUCCCACAUGGCCAGGCGAAGCCAGCUAAGUCGUCUUGCAUGGAAUACAGAUGUAGUUCCAAUUUGAUGACAUAUGUCACAUGCGGCACCGUAUUUACCGCGCCUCCUUGCAAAUUGGUACAAGAAAAAGAAAAACCAUAUCCAGGUUGCUGUCAAAAAGUGUGGUGCCCUUAAAAUAUACAAUUUUUCCUUUUGUCUCUUAAUUCCUAAUAUUAGAGUCGAUGAAUUGUUUUGUUUCUAAUACAAUGAUCGUAGCAUUUAGGAAUUUAUAUUUUAAAUUACUAUGGAGCUAGAAAAUUAAAUAACAUUUCGAUGGCUCCUAAGUAUAC